AUGGUGUUGCAAUUAUGCGAAGAGGUCCGGAAGUGUCAGGUCGUUGACGAUGACGUCGUUCUCGCGAGCCCAUUGGAUGACGCGGUUCCAGUUCGAGUCUGAAGAGCGCGCAAGUUCCCCAGGACGAACUCGCCAUGACGGCAGCGUGUGAUUGCGACGUUGAGGCGUCGCCUAUCAUUUAAAAAUUCUCCUGUCGAGGCGUCUACGUCGGAGCGUGUCGUUAGGAUGAUAACAAUAUCCAUUUCGCGUCCUUGUACCGUGUCGACUGUGUGCAAGGCGACGCCUAGUCGGCGGGCUUCUGAUUGUAGGAGGCGUUGCUGGUCCUUGUAGUAGGUGAUGAUGGCUAUACCUGAUGCAGCAAUGCCCUUCGCCAAUAACGCACAAACAAGAUCUACGCAGCAUCGAGCCUCCUCCUCGUUGGAGUGCGACUGAGACGUUGAGAGUCGAGACGAACCGCUGACGUUGACCAAUACGAAGGGGAUGCGCGGGUUGGGAAGAGUAAUACGCCUCACCAGAAGUGCGCGGUCCGAGGCCCGUGUUCCACUGACGAGCGUCCGAUUGUAGACGAGACGAUUUGGGAGAGAAUUAAGAGAGGGGUGGGCUCUAAACGUGGUUACUAGUCCUGCGAGUGGAACGUCCCUGUCCAGUAGAAUAUCCAUGACACCCCUUGCUCCAAGUCGUGCCGGCACUGAUGAUGCAGGGCAGCGAAGAUGAGGCGCUAAUUGGUGUGCGUCACCUAUGUAGAUAUGCCGAGCCGAUGGGAAUCGUGAGAUCAUGGCGGCGAAGGCCGGCUCCGGGAUCUGCGAGGCCUCGUCCCCUAUGAUGAUCUUGCAGCUGGCCAGCAACUCGUGGAAAAGGCCGCCUGGGCGCGUCGAUUUGAGUAGUGACGACGUUGUGAUACAAAGUAUGGCGGGGAAUCGCACCCGCAUCAUGAGUCCUACUGCAUACUCUGUGGCUUCCGAGUUCUCGUCCUCAGCGAUCCUAAAUUCUUCGCGUUCCUCAUCGGUGAGAUUAACUGUGUCGGCACUAUUGAAAAGUAGUCGUUCGAUAAGUCGUCGUCCAUGGGCAUAUGCUCUAAGACGUUCCUCAUCUCUCGGACCGAAUGCGUCGGGAAAAUUGGUCAGAAGGCCUUGGAGGAUGUUAUGA